AUGAUCAAUUCAGCAAAUGUCGAUCAUCAUCGAUCAGUUCUAGGCCUAUUACCUAGCAAGAAAGAAGGCCAAGAAAGAACGCAACCAGUUAAAGGAAGAGGUCAUCUCUCCGACCAAACCCUCACUACCCAGGCCCAACAGAUCACCCAAAUCCUCCAAGAGAAUAUGGAGCUUUCGGGUUAA